GGCCACCCAAGGUGGCUCCCUCCCCUCUCCUGGUGCCGAGGUCUGGGCACCGGGCCACUGCUCAUUCUCCAGGCCAAGUUAAACAUUUAGUGGAAGGUUAUCGGGUGGGCGAGGGGGAGGGAGAUCAGGGACCGACAGACACUCCCCAGCGUCUCCUCUCCGGAGCCACCAGUUCCCGCCCCUGCCAGACAAUGCCCGUGGAGGAGUUUGUGGCCGGCUGGAUCUCUGGAGCUCUGGGCUUGGUCCUGGGACACCCUUUUGACACUGUAAAGGUGCGGCUACAGACCCAGACCACAUACCAGGGCAUCAUCGAUUGUAUGGUUAAGACUUACCGCCAUGAGUCGGUCUACUGCUUGGCCCCUUUUGACCUCAUCAAAGUCCGGCUACAAAACCAAACAGAGCUGAGGGCGCGGCUGGGCAGCCCCCCGCCCUGGUACCGGGGGCCCGUGCACUGUGCGGUCUCCAUCUGCCAGGAGGAGGGGCCCCAGGGGCUCUUCUGGGGAGCCUGGGCCCUGACGCUGAGGGACACCCCCACGCUGGGCAUCUAUUUUGUCAUCUAUGAGUGGCUGUGCCGCCAGUCCACGCCGGACGGCCAGAACCCCAGCUCAGCCACAGUGCUGGCGGCAGGGGGCUUCGCAGGCAUCAUCUCCUGGGCCGUGGCCACCCCCUUGGACGUGAUCAAGUCCUGGAUGCAGAUGGCCGGGCUGAAGCACAGGGUGUACCGGGGGGUGCUGGACUGCAUGGCAAGCAGUGUCCGGCAGGAAGGACUGGGGGUCUUCUUCCGGGGGCUUACGAUCAACAGCGCCCGUGCUUUUCCUGUCAACGCCGUCACCUUCCUCAGCUACGAGUACCUCCUGCGCUGAUGGGGAUGA